AUAAUUUGUCGCAAUGAAGAAAGUUCGACAAAAUAAAAAUCCACCUCAGUCUAACGGAUAAAAAUGUCGAUCUUUAGAAAUUGCCGUUUGCAUUACACAUGUCGCAAUGACUUUAUUUUUUUUUGUUUUUGCGACAUUUCUUUUGUAGAAGAAACCUGGGUCAAUGGACACCGUCCUACUGUCCUAGUGUUAUGUCAGUUUAUCUAUUCGUUAUUUAACGAAAUGAAAUUGACAUAAACACACGUUUUGUACAUAAGCUAUAUCCAGACAGAUCUCCAGUCUCUGCGUUUCCAGAGCUCCCCCUCCGCCCCCAUUUAACCCCAACCCACACUGAUGGAGACAGAGCGGGAAGCCGACCUCCUGGAAGAGGAACCUCCUCAGGAGAAUGGGGUCAUCCAGAGCACCCAGGGCCUGUACAGCUCCACCUCCCCUCCGGCCUCAGACGACGAGCCUUUCUCCACAUACUUUGAGGAAAAGGUGCCCAUUCCAGAGGAUGUCACCCAGGUGUUCAGUUUCCGUAAACUCUGGGCCUUUACGGGACCUGGUUUCUUGAUGAGCAUCGCCUAUCUUGACCCAGGGAACAUCGAGUCCGACCUGCAGUCUGGAGCUAAAGCUGGCUUUAAGCUCCUGUGGGUGUUGUUGGGGGCCACCAUCAUCGGCCUCCUCCUGCAGAGACUGGCUGCGCGCCUGGGGGUUGUCACAGGGAUGCACCUCGCAGAGGUCUGCAACCGCCAGUACCCCACUGUUCCUCGUAUUCUCCUGUGGCUGAUGGUGGAGCUGGCCAUCAUCGGCUCAGACAUGCAGGAGGUCAUCGGCUGUGCCAUCGCCUUCAACCUCCUCUCUAUGGGCAGGAUUCCACUUUGGGGAGGUGUCCUCAUCACCAUCAUUGACACCUUUGUGUUCCUUUUUCUAGAUAAAUAUGGCCUGAGGAAACUUGAAGCCUUCUUUGGGUUUCUCAUCACCAUCAUGGCUGUAAGCUUUGGAUAUGAGUAUGUGAUGGUGCGUCCGGACCAGGGGGAGCUGCUGAAGGGGAUGUUUCUGCCGUACUGUGAGAACUGUGAUUCUGCCCAGAUGGAGCAGGCUGUGGGCAUCGUAGGAGCGGUCAUCAUGCCCCACAACAUCUACCUGCACUCUGCCCUCGUCAAGUCUCGGCAAAUAGAUCGUGGGAACAAGAAGGAGGUGAAGGAGGCCAACAAAUACUACUUCAUCGAGUCAACUAUUGCUCUCUUCAUCUCCUUCCUCAUCAACGUCUUUGUUGUAGCAGUGUUUGCUGAGGCCUUCUACGACAAAACCAACAUUGAGGUGAAUGCAAAAUGCAAUGCAUCAGGCAGUCCUCACACAGACCUCUUCCCUCUGGACAACAGCACGCUACAGGUGGACAUCUUCAAAGGGGGCGUGGUGCUGGGUUGUUUCUUUGGCCCUGCGGCCCUCUACAUCUGGGCCAUCGGGAUCCUGGCUGCCGGACAGAGCUCCACCAUGACAGGCACUUACUCUGGCCAGUUUGUCAUGGAGGGUUUCCUGAACCUGCGUUGGUCCCGUUUUGCCCGGGUGCUUCUCACCCGCUCCAUCGCAAUCUUCCCCACCCUGCUGGUGGCCAUCUUUCAGGACGUACAGCACCUAACGGGCAUGAAUGACUUUCUCAACGUAUUGCAGAGCAUGCAGCUGCCGUUUGCUCUGAUCCCCAUCCUGACCUUCACCAGUCUGACAUCCAUCAUGGAUGACUUUGCUAAUGGACUGGUGUGGAAGAUUGGCGGAGGGGUGGUCAUCCUGGUGGUCUGUGCCAUAAACAUGUACUUUGUGGUGGUCUACGUGACCAGCCUGAACAGUGUGGCGCUCUACGUGCUGGUGGCCUUGCUCUGCAUAGCCUACCUAAGCUUUGUGUGCUACCUGGCGUGGCAGUGUCUGAUAGCCCUCGGUGUGUCCUGUCUGGACGUGUCCUGUCUGGGCAACAGGGUAAGCAACAACCGCCAUGCUGUGUUCAUUGAGGAACAGCCAGCGUAUGACACCUGAAACGGAACAGGACAGUGUUUUAAAGGACAAGACAGACCAAGACGAACAUUGGCUGUGCACAGCAGAUCACCUGCUAGGUGUCGACAAACGUUGGAGAUGUAGAAUCGUUGGGAUAUGAACAGAAAAUGACGCACUCGCUGCACAUAAUGUUCUUGUUGGUCUGUCAUGUCCUUCAGGCUUUGAGAGAGACGUACACCUUUUUAUAGAGCGAUCUUAAGACCUAUCCCGAUAUCUCUAAUCAUGAGAUCAACACUUCAGAGAACAUUUUCCCUCCACUGUUCUAAUGGUUUUAUCGUGUUCUGUUGAGCUACUGGUAUGUGGGGUUUAUUAUGUAAAACCCAAUUACGACAACCCCCUGUCCCUUUUUAGAGUCCUCAGGGUUCAGUUAUAGUUUAUAUCCUAUCUCCUGUAUUUUCUUGCUCAAGCAGAGCGGGUGUGACAUUCUUAUGCUUUUCAAUUGGAAAAUUAAGUUUGAAUUCUAUUUCUCAAAUUAUUGCAUUCCUAUUCCAGGUUAAGAUGUGACAAGUUAUGAUCUGGCAAAAUGGCAAUUCUUAACCUGCUGACAUAAUAAGCUGAAGUCUACAGUAUUUGGCAGCUGCUAUCGGUCUGUUUGGUAAUUUACUUUUUUCUGUUAUUGUACCUCUGUGUGAAUACACCAUUUAUGAUUAUUUGGUCAAAUGUAGAACUGAAGUAUAUCUCUCCUUGCUGUAUUAUUGAAUUCAUUUUAGAUUUUUGUUCAUUAUAAUUACAGUUCUCACCUUUUCAGCAAAAGAAACCAUGGGAAGAGAACACUUAGUUUGGGUUGAGCAUAAUUUAAAAAUUACCUUUUAGUCAGUAUUUUCAACACAUCUCUCCAUUCAAACUGAUUUUUUUCAGAGUGCAUGUGUUUUGACUUCAAAACUGUUAAUAUAAUCUGUUCGUAAAUUGGGGUUGUUCCCCACUAGAAGUGAGGAUUUGGAAUGGACACGUAUGUACAAUUUGAUGUGACUAGGAAGGACAACAAACUUUUUAAGUGUAAUAUCCUUGUUAUGGCGAGUAAAUAAAGAAUUCUCGCAUAUCUUUUAAUUGAGAGUUAAUAGAUUGUUUUAAGAUUGAACAUGCAUAUAAAGAACUGGUUUCUUGCUGAUGUUUAAUGCAACAGACCAAUCUGUAAACUUAAUUCAUGCAGUUCUUGCAAGGUCAAGCUCAAUCUAUUUGACGAAGAAUAAUAUUCAGCAGCUAUAAAAGGUUUUAAGGAUUUUACGAUGUUUUUACCAAGGUUUUAAGAACUCAAAUGUAACUAUCUGUAGUGUCACACCAGUGCAUCUCUCUCUCUGUGUAAUACAGCCAGGCAGACUCUUAGCAGUGCAUUGUUCUGACUAGAGGUGUGUUUGAACCCAGCAGAACCAAGUGAAGCAUAUUGUAGAUAUAAGCUAUACGACAGUGUCUGUCUCACUACUGAAUAAAGCAACACCAUGUAUCAAAAAUAAAAAUCAAAACAAACAUGGA